AUGCCAGGCAUCGAAGACUUACCGCCCCAAGAGGGCCCCUUGCCCCAGCAAACUCAGCUAGAGUUGAAAUUCCCACCUGUUUCCCGAGACCACAUCCUGCACUGUUCCUACGACUACUGGUUUCCCAAGUACCGCACGAACUGCAUCCGCUCCAAGAUCAUCCCACUAACCCCUGAAUUCGUCGAGUACAUACGUGAAGACGGCAUCAUCCUCGCUGACGAGGGCAGCAGCACCAAAAAAUCCUCCGACGAUACCGCUGCCUCAGAUGAUGACGACGACGACUGGGAACCCUCCUUCACCCGCUCCGACUACCCCCCUCCCCUCGGUGAUGACGACGACGUCGCAUCCUCCUCCGACACAGACGAAGAACCCCCCCAACCCACGCGCCUCCCCCCCGACAAGCGCUUCCCCUCUCUCCACGCAGAAAUCACUUCGGCAAUCCAAUCCCUCGGCGGUGCCGCCGCCCCCAAACUCAACUGGUCCUCUCCUAAAGACGCAACCUGGAUCUCACGACACCCAAACACAGUGAAAUGCACGUCUGCCAACGACGUUUACAUCCUCCUCAAAUCAUCUUCCUUCAUCAGCCACGACCUGGAGCACGCCUUCGACGACACAGUGCCGCAAGGCCAUCCGCCAGACUUCAAACCCGUGCUGGUGCUCCGCGCGUUUUUUAAUCCUCUGCCCUCGCUGGAGUUCAGAUGUUUUGUCAGGGAUAGACAGCUGAUUGGUAUUGCGCAGCGGGAUCUGAACUAUUACCAAUUCUUGCAAGGGCUACGACCGCAGAUUGUGGCGAGGACGAAGGAGCUGUUCGCUAAGAUGAAGGAUACCUUUCCCGAUCCGUGCUGGGUGUUUGAUGUGUACAUCCCGGAGGCGGACUACGACGACGAUGAGAGCGAUGAAGAGAAAGAGGGGAAUGGAGCGGGGACUGACGGGAGGAAAAGAGAGAAGGUUGCGAAACUGGGGAGGGCGAGACUGAUCGAUAUUAAUCCUUGGGCGCCGAGGACAGAUACUCUGCUGUUUGAUUGGAGGGAGUUGUUGGAGAUGAAGGUUCCGGGGGAGGAGGAGCAAAAUGGGGAUAGUAACUCGUCAAGUGAGGAAGAAGAGGAUGAGGAAGACCUUAAGCCUGAGGUGAGGCUUAUCGAGAAGGACGACCCGGCGGCGUACAACUUCAGCUCGCCGCAGUACUCGGCACAUAAGCUGCCCAAGGAGGUGGUAGAUGCCAGCACAGGAGGGCAGGGCGGUAUGCGUGAAUUCCUACAGAAGUGGCGGCAAAUGACAGGAGCUAGGUAG